GUUUCCUGUCAGGCUGUGACUAUUAAAGGCUGGGGCUGUUAUCUCCCUGCUGUCAGGCCUGGCUAACAGUAACGCUUGUCCUUAGUGCCUCACUUCCUUGGUUUCUUACAGCAUUUCCUGAGCACCAAUUGAUAAACCAUUGACAUGCUUUGGAAGGGGCAAAAAGGCACAGGAAGCUGAUGUUUAAACUCUCAGUCUUACGGGCCCUAGAAGAGAGAGAAGGAGAAAACUCUAAUUUUUUUUCUACAACUUUGGAGCUGUAGUAACUUCAGAAUUUGAUGCCAAGCAGUUAAAUUGUCUCUGUGGAAGGACGAAUAAGGAACCCUAUCGUUUCUUUUCACACACAAUGUGAUUCUGCAAAAGUCAAUGCCAUUACUACGAACUGACUAAACGUCGUGUCAGGAUGUGAGUCUGCACUGCCUGUUGGUGAAGGCAUAUUCACUGGGAUUUUAUUUUCUCUAAACUGAUGGUUGUUUGCAGACAGCUCUUGUGGUAGAGCAAUUUGAGGCACAGACUAUUUAAGUCAUCUUGUUCACCCAUGAAGAACAAGGGAGCAAAACAGAAAGGAAAACGGAAGGGUGCGAAGGACACUGCGUUUGGUUGUGACCUGGGCGACUACUUACAGAACUCUGGACAGGAUGUUCCUCAAGUCCUCAAAAGCUGUGCAGAAUUCAUUGAAAAACAUGGUAUCGUAGACGGGGUCUACAGGCUCUCAGGAAUUACAUCCAACAUUCAGAGGCUGAGGCAGGAGUUUGGUACAGAGCAGCGUCCUGACUUGACUAAGGAAGUGUAUCUGCAAGAUAUCCACUGUGUGGGCUCCCUCUGCAAACUCUAUUUCCGUGAACUGCCCAAUCCUCUUCUCACAUAUGAGCUCUACAAAAAAUUCACAGAGGCAGUUGCUGCUCAGUCGGAGGAGGAGCAGCUGAUCAGAAUCCAAAAUGUCAUCAAAGAGCUACCUCCUCCACAUUACAGAACAUUGGAAUACCUGAUCAAGCAUUUGACACAUAUCGCAUCGUUUAGCACCAAGACAAACAUGCACUCCAGGAACCUGGCCCUUGUGUGGGCUCCUAAUUUAUUAAGAUCAAAAGAAAUAGAAGGGUCUGGGUACAACAACGAUGCUGCAUUUCUGGAGGUGCGAGUUCAGUCCAUUGUUAUCGAAUUCAUCCUGAAUCAUGUCAAUCAGCUCUUCAUUAGCAACACAGUCCAUCCUGGGCAGAACACUGAAGCACACAAUCCUAUUGCCAAAUGCAAAUCACUUCCUAUUGUAUCGCCAUCGAUGAAGCUUUUAACCUUAGAGGAGGCCCAGGCCAGGACUCUGAAACCAGACCAUCCUGCUCGUCUUGAAAAAUUGCACUCUGCUCCUAUGGACACUGGACCUGCUGCUGGGACUAUUUAUCAUACAGUCAUUGAUCUGCCAGAUCCUAGGAGAAAACUUCCUGCAAAGACAAAGAAAUGGAAAUCCAUAUUUAAUCUGGGACGAUUAGGAAAUGACUCAAAGGGUAAAUUAAGCAGGAAUGGCAGCGUGUUUGUAAGAGGACAUCAAUUUUCAGAAAAGGCCAACAUUCGACCUGCUAAGAGCAUGGAGUCCCUUUGCUCUUUGCCAACAGACGAUGAUGAAAAGGGGGGUCGAUUUAAACAUGCUGCAGCUCUGGGAGGAAGCCUCUCACCAUCACUGAAAUCACGCACACUUGGCUCAGGAAGUUCUUACAGUUUAGGCAGGAGGCACAGUAAUUGGGAUCAGGAAGAUCUCAUUGGUGCUAUUGGAGGAUGUGCCAGUAAUGUUAGUCAAGAAACAUCUGCCAAGGAGCCAGUGUCAUUCAGGGCACAACCAGAGCAGCUGAAGGUUUUUCGUGGAGAUGCAUUCAACAAAUCAGAACCAACAUCACCAAAGACUAGGCGGUUGUUUUAUUCAACAAAUCCCAUUGAUUCUUCACCUAAAUCUAACUUCCCAGGUAACUUGUUUCCCCUUGAAGCAUCACCACGACAUCACAGAAAGCCAAUGGCAUUGAAUAUAUCUGAGCCUUUUUCUGUGUCUGUGCCAUUACACGUCUCAGGAAUUAUCAGCCCCAGCGCCACUCCCUGUAGGGAAGCACAAAAUCUAAAGGACUCAGGUCUGCAAGAAUCGGCAAAUGGAACAUCACAAGAUAAAGACAGUACUGUACCCAUAACCUUAGAAGGGGGAGAUCGUCUCAGUGAGCAGUCCAAUUCAGAAAGGCAUGAACGGAAUGAUGACCAGGAAAUUGAGAGACCCCAAUUGCAGCCUGAGCCCCUCACUGAUUCCACAAAUUCACAGUCACAAAAUCAGCCACAACCUUUCCCAAAUCCCACAUGCCAGCACUCGGAUCCUCUGCAGUUCAUCACGCUCUUGUCACCAGUGACCAGGUCACCCGUUUCUCUGAGCCUCCCUGAGAAAACAAAGCUGGACGAAACACAUCCAUCACUUGUUCCCCUGACAAGGGAAUCAUGUGAAAAUGGACACCAAAGAGCUUGGAUCAGCAACACAGAAGAGCAACUGGCAACUAAACAGGACACAGAUUCCUCUGCUAAGGCGUUUAUGGAGCAACUGUGGCCAGAUGCUAAAGAGCUUGUGAUCACUGAACCCGAGGAGGUCACUGCGAUAAACAACUUUCAAGGAAAGGUGGAGGAAAGAUUUGUCCAGUCACAUGACAAGAGUGAUAUUGAGGACAAGCCCCUGGCUGAUGCCUCAGUAAAACUAAAGUUUAAAGGACAUCAAAGAAUACACAGUCUUCCUGACCUGUUCUUACAAAGCCCACCUCUAAUGGUUGAAAAUAACACAGAAGAACUGUGCCUAAACUCCAUAAAUAAUGUACAUUCCAGUGAAGAAAGUAGCACCAAGAUGCCUGACCCUAGCCCAGCUCAGCCUCAGCAGAGUACACCUACUGGACCCUUGUUAACUGAUUGCUCAAAGAUGGAGCUUACUCAACCAUUAACAGAUGAAAACAUUUUUAUAACGCCAAUUGAGAGCCCGCCAAUAGCAUGCUCAGGAAUUUCUACAGAUUCUUUCAUCUCAAAUGAUCCUGAAUCUAAUCCAAAUCCAUUAAUUGAUCCUAAUUCAGACAAAAAGCAUCAAUGUCCAACUGUUCCCCAUGCAUUUCAGUCCUCAGAACCUUGCAUUAGGGAUAAUAUCUCUAACAAACCUGAACCAGACUCAGAAACAGAUGUUAAUCAUUCAGGAACGUGCUCAGAAGAUGUCCUCUACAUGCAGAGGGAACGUACAAAGGUUAAUCUAUUCAACGAUAAAAGUGAUCAGAAGGGGCAAUUGGCAGAUAAUCAGUCAAAUCAGAAAUGUGCAGCAUCACAGAUUGAUACCAGUGAGCUCCUCCUACCUGAAGCCUGGAUGGACAAUGAUACAUUAAAACAGCCUAGCUCCCAUUCAUCUCAGCUGGGUGAAGCUACAAAAGAUGAGGAAGGAUGUUUGUCUUUAACGUCACCAAUUGUGAUACAUGGUGAAAGGCUGGAGAUAUUAUCUCCUGAUGCUUGCAUAGAGAUAAUAGCUCCAGAAGAUUUUAACAAUAAUUCAUCUCAAUUUGCUAACAAUGAUAUUGAUUGGAAUAGUCAAAGCCCAGAGACUUCUUUGCAAAUCUGCAAUGGUGAUUCCUUAAAAAAUAGCUCUCUUGUAACUAAAUCUGUAAAUUUCCCAGAUGAAGUGGAGGGAAUCUCUACAAGUAACCAGCUACACAUCUUAUUAACCGAAGACAAUUCAUUAUCAUCUAAGGAAUCAGAGAGUUUAUGUGUUAUAAGUGCAGGGUCAAUGCCAUGUUUAGAGUCAACAGAAACUGAAUCUGUAAGGCUAAUAGCUGAUGGAAAUGAGGAAGGCUGCUUGAAAUCUAAUGAUAAGGCCUCGUUACUUGUUUUAUACCCCAUGGUCAAUGACAAGUCUCCUUUAUCUGAUGGUUAUUCAAUUCAAUCAAUCCCAAUCGGUGUCACUGCUGUUCGAAUGACUUAUAUGAUAAAGACAUGUCAAGUCAAAGCCAUUCCAGUCAUUCCACCAAAAUUGCAGUUUACCCAGGUCCCUCAACCUUUGCCAAAAAAUAAUCUCACUCCUCCCUCUCUUCCUCUGGAUAAAGUGUUAACGAUUUUGCAACCCAUUACAGCAUGUGAACAGAGUAGCCCUGAGAACAAAAAUGGACUGGAUUCUUCUUUAAUAAAUCCUUCAGUAGCAGAAUGCAAAGAUGGGAAAGAAAAUGGCCUACCCAAGUUUCAAAUACCUGAACACACAAGUUGUGCAGUUUCACCAGAGACCUCACUUGUACAGUCCAAAACCACCGAAGCAGCACCAAUUGUGAAAAGAACCUGCAAAGCAAAUGGAGAAGAUGUAUUUGACAGUCCAACCCCAUCAAGAGUGGAAAGAUCUCCAGUGCAACAAAAGCCCGGGUUUAUGCGGCAUGCACAGCACAGAUCAAAGGCAGGCAGGCCUCAAAGCCUUAUCCUGUUCAGCCCACCCUGGCCUAGUGUGGAACGUCCUUCUUCCAUAGACUCCAACAAGGUGCAUCUUAGUCCAGUACAAUCCAGCCCUGAACAACAGUCACCAUCAGAAUUGGAUCAUUUGUCUCCUAGUAGCUACCCACAUGAACUUAAUGACAGUCAGAAAGGGCCAGACGGUGUCACUCUUCGAAGUCGAAUGAGCAUGCCAAAAAGUGGACAGAGGUUGGAGACCUCAACAAGUUGUUUCUACCAACCUCAAAGGAGGUCUAUGAUAUUUGAAAAUAGAGGUGGCAGGCAAAUUGAAUGACCACCUUUAAUGAUUCUACAAUCUUCAGACUGGCUACACAAGAGUAUAUCUUAUUGAGACCUUUCAGUCACAAUGUGUACGUAUUCUUCCACCCACUGCUCAAACAUCUGUCAAAAUUUUAAAAUGUUCAUAAGAAGGUGUAAAGUAGCUGGACUUGUACAAGAUGUGGAAAGUAGGUUAUUUGAAUUAAGUAUUUAAUAAACAAAAAGUACAAGCUUAAUUCUGGCAUUGAUUGCAACACAACUUAACAACGUGCAAAUUAAAGUGAAUAAAGAAUAGGUCCAAAAUAUACAAAGUAAUGGCCAAAUAGUUUUUUAAAAAUACAUUUCAUAAGCUUUCUCUAAACUAAAUCUGUGCAAUGAAUGUGAGUGAGAGGUAGUUACUGCCAAACUGUAUAGUACUCAUCUUACUGACAGUUCAUCUCUCACAGCAAUAGAAUGGAUGUCCUUGUCUAUUUUGCUACAAGGGUUACAUUACUAUAAUAUUUAUUGCACCUUGUAGUAAACCUUUUAGAGGAUGAGUGGAAGACAUUUUGCUAUAAGUGUUAUGAUAGUGAAGUUGUGCAUCAUUGGUGGUUAAUGCACUUAAUGAUUGACUUUUCACCAACCAUGCACACCAUACUGUUUUGUUAUUGCUUACUUUACCUGUUCAUCUAUUACACUUGGUAAUAGAGCAAUGUCAGUUCAAAUUAUUGUAUCUUCCAAAUUUAUACUGAUCAAAUUAUACCUCAUAGAAAAGCAAGCUAUGGAGAAAUGUGUCACUCACUUUUGGCCAAAGCAGAUAAUCUACAAUAGAUAUACUACUGUAUUAUUUAUCUAGAUACAGCCAUCUCAGAGGGUAGACAACUCCAGUGUUUCCAUAAAUGCUUCAACAUCUCAGUUUCAAUGUUUAUAUCUUUCUCGUGUAUUGAAAUUAUUUCUAUAUUGUCAAAUAUUAAAUGUAAGUAUGUUUUCCAAUUCUGAGAAUUAAAAUGUUUGAAUAACAAUAUACUUCACAAA